ACCUCUAUAUAUAUACACACACACUCGAUUCCAAUGUUCAAUUCAUAACCACAUUCCAUUCAAUCAAGAAACCCAAAAUCAGUUUUUCUCCUUCCCUCAAUCAAUCAUAAAAACCUCAAAAGAAAUCGAUUGUCAUCGUCGUCGUUGUUGUCAUCGUCGAUUUCGAGUCCAUGGAUCAUCAAUCGAUGAGCAAGAUGAAGAAGAGAAAGGUGUUCGAUGAAUUACCAACUGAGUUACUUGUGAAAAUAUUUUCAAGACUCAGUGUAACAAGUUUACUACAACUAAGGCGUGUUUGCAAAGAAUGGAACACCAUUAUCACCAAUCAAGAUUUCGUGUCACUUCAUCUCCAACAUCAACAACAACAGCUUACACUUCCCGGUUGUCGAAACGAGUACUACUUGUGCCGUCAAGAGGAGCGCGGAGAUAUGGUUUUAUGUCGAACCGAUACGUUUGCUCAAGUAGCUCGACUCAAUACACCAAGAAUGUUCCACCGUUCAAGUGUCAACCGUGUUGUCAAUUAUGUUGAUGGGGUGUUACUAAUGCAUCUCAAUGGAAACGACCCGAAAAUCGUACUUUGGAAUCCAAUCAUUCGAAAGGUCUUGGAAAUCCCAUGUUUUCUACCUAAAGGGUGGUACAAGAACAUGAAGUUUGGGUUCGGGUUUGAUUCCAUGAGUAAGACUUACAAGGUAAUUGCCUUUCAUUUGGCGAAAUACUUGACCGCUACAAAGGUUUAUAAUCUUCGAAAUUAUUCGUGGUUAAACCCAAAACAGAGGGAAAUUCCAAUUACUACAAUUUAUUUUACACAAUUUGUAACGCCUGUAAAUCUUGACAACGAGAUUUAUUGGCUAGGAAGUGUCGAUAAGAAGAAGACAUCAAAUUUGACGCAUUUUCUCUGUUUCGAUUUUUCGAGCGAGGCUUUUACUUGCAUCAAAUUGCCUGACAUGAAGGAGGGUAGCGCGGAAGCAGAACACAAGAGAUGCUCAGCAGUUUUGGACAACAGUUUGGCAGUUUUAGACUAUUAUUAUGGUCGUAGAAGAAUACAUGCUAGUGUAUGGAAGCGCGAAAAAUCCGAUUCGGGUUAUGAUUGGAAUAAACAAUACAAUGUAGACAUCAAGCUUGAAGGUCAUAUGUAUUCGAGUAACAAGAUUGAGCUGUGGUUUCGUAACUUACCUAAGGGAUCGAGUUCGUACAACCUUGAAUUUCAUCAAGAAUCGAAGACACUCUCUAACACAAAUUGGCUACCCAUAAAAUUUCUUCAAAGGUAUAUAGAAAGCUUAGUCUUGCUUGGAGAACAGAAUAUUGUGUGA